CCACGAAAAAGAUCUUUACCUGGUCACUCUUCCGACGAUGAUCAGAAUGCUGGAGGGCAUAAGAGCAGCAGCUCCUCUAGUAAGGGAGAGUCGAUGAAGGGAAUAGAAAAAGCGAGCACUACUCCUGUAGUUACUUCGCUUUCAUCUGAUGCCAAGAGCAAUAGUCUGCAUCAUAAUGCUGAUUCCUCUUCUCUUUUUACAACUUCUAGAAAUCUGAAUAGCGCCGGUCCUUGUAGUUCUACUACAAGGAACACUACCUGCUCCAUGACACAACGAACAAGCAGCGACGAGGGAAAGAACACGUUCACGGUCUACCAGUCCCCCACCCCCGAACAAGAACCAGGAUCACAAAGAACACAAAAAAAGUGGUAUCGAGGUGAAAAGGGUGAAGUUAUUCGGUUGAAUGACGGUUUCGGCGUUACUAGGGAUAUCCUACGAAUGAAAAAAACUGAACGUCAGCGCGACCAUGCUCUCGAUGCCAUAUUCGAUGAGAAACGACGGCUUCUAGAAGAAGAUGAGGAAAUAGUACUAGUAGAAGAUGAUCAUGGAGGAUCACACAAGCGAGCAGGAGACCUAGAGCAUCUUGGUACAACUCCUAAAAAAAGAACAGGUCGUGGGAAUAAAGAUGAAAUACAGCUAGUGCUAGAAGAUGCUGACAGUCAUGAAGGGCACGAAGAAGCAGUAGCACACAGAGAUCAUCAUACACAUACAGGACGGGAUCACCACGCUCAAAAUUUGAAAAUCGCAACGGGGCCCGCCGCUGCAAGCUUUUGUACUACACCUCGGUCGUGGGAGCAAGGGGUGUGGCAAAAUGAAGAUGAGAAAGAGAUGAAAAAUCGUCGCACUAAGUUAAGGGUAUAACGUCAACCCAGCAUCUCUCAAGCCAUCUUUUAGCCACUUGCUACUUGAAAAGGGCUCAGACAUAUUCGAAAAGAUGGGCUCGUGUUGGUACACUUCUUCUAACUAAAGCAGAAAAUGCUGCCAGGGCGAGGGCAGGCGGGUCGACAUCAGCUGUCUUGCCUCCUCCACCAGCAUCAC